UCACUGAUAGCCGUUUGUUCUCGUAUCAUCAUACCCAGUUGCGAUAUACCGGUUAAAGAAGAACCAUGGUCAAGGCACGGAAGUACGUGGUCAAGCGACACUUUGACGGUCUACCAAAGCGCGAAGAUUUCGAAAUCGUUGAGUAUGAAUUACCACCUAUCCAGAAUGGAGAAAUUCUUGUUAAAGCGGAGUGGGUCAGCGUUGACCCUUACUUAAGAGCGUACAACCAACGGUUUCCAGCGCCUUACGACCAAUUUUCUUAUCAAGUUGGAUUGGUGGAGAACUCAAAAGAUCCUCGAUUCCCCGUUGGCACAAGAGUGGUGUCACACAAGGGCUGGUGUGACUACUGUGUUAUCAACGCAAAUGUAUUUCGAUCUCCAGCGGAUAUAGUGUACAAGCUGCCCGAUUUGAAAGGAUUGUCGAACUCUUUAGGCGUUGGAGCAGUGGGAUUGACCGGAGUAACCGCAUAUUUUGGAUUUCUAGAAAUAUGUAAACCCAAAGCGGGGGAGACGGUAGUAGUAACUGGUGCUGCAGGAGCUGUAGGAUCACUGGUGGGACAAAUCGCCAAGAUAAAAGGUUGUCGUGUGAUCGGUUUUGCAGGCUCAGAUGACAAAGUUAACUGGUUGGAAAAAGACCUUGGAUUCGAUAAAGCGUUCAAUUACAAAACUGUGGAUGUUCAAAAGGUUCUGAAGGAAGCGGCGCCCAAAGGAAUCGAUUGCUACUUCGAUAAUGUCGGUGGCGAAAUAAGCAGCAUUAUUAUAAGUCAAAUGAACGACUUUGGAAGGGUGUCGGUAUGCGGAAGUAUAAGUGCCUAUAAUGAUGAUGUAUCCAAACUACCAAAAGCUCCUAUAUUACAACUAGCUAUAGUGUCAAAGCAACUAAAAAUUGAAGGUUUCCUAGCGCCACGCUGGAGAGACCGGUGGUCUGAAGCAUUUGUAGAUCUAUCGAAGUGGAUUAAGUCUGGUGAAUUGAAAUCCAGAGAACACGUUACUGAGGGCUUCGAUAACAUAUUCGAUGCAUUUAUAGGCAUGUUAAAUGGUGAAAAUACUGGUAAAGCGGUAGUGAAAAUUUAAUUGGUUAAAAAAUCUGUCAGAAACAUGUUUGUAGUAUUCUUAUUAAUAUUAGUAAAACAAUGUUCCUUCAGAGACUGUGAAUUCAUUCAAUGCAAAUAUCUGUAAAAAUACAUAUUAAAUAUAAUAUGGUGGGUAAA